AUGUCCAUGACAGGGCCUCCCGGCGGUCCGAAGCCCGACAUCGACCCCGUCCGGGCCGCCGAGAGCAACACGGAGAUGAUACUCGGCGUCCUGACGGUGUUCCAUGUCAUCGCCCUCACCUUCGUGGCCCUCCGGGUCUACGCCAGAGCCAUCGUCAUGAAAACCUUCGGCAAGGAUGACAUUUGCAUGGUGUUAUCUGCACUAUGUGCGAUAGGAGGAUGGAGCGUGUUCAUCAUACAAGCCCAACAUGGCCUGGGCAAGCACCAGGAGACCAUCUUGCAGGAGGACAUGAUCGUCUUUCAGCAUGCUGGCUUCUGGCAGUCCAUCAUCUCGGCCACCUGGGCGCUCGGGUUCCUGAAAGUAUCCAUCGGCUUCAAUCUCUUGAGGCUGAGCACCGGCGGAUGGUAUCGCUGGAGUCUAUGGGCCACGAUAGUGAUCGUCUGCUGCUACACGUUCAUGGGCAUGAUGACCUUUUUACUUUAUUGCCAACCCAUGGAGGGCUACUGGAAUCCCCACGUCAAGCCCAAUUGCUACCCCAUCCCGUUGUUUGUCACGUUCGCGCUGGUCAACACGGGCUUCAACAUCUUUACCGACGUCCUCUUCGCCACCUUCCCGGUCCCUAUCAUCUGGACGCUGAAGAUGAAGCGGAAGCUGAAGGUCUACUUGAUCGCGAUCUUGAGCUUGGGAUAUUUUGCCGUGGCCAUGGGCAUCGUCAAGUCCGUCUACCAAAUCGCCUUCGCCAGAAUGCCCGAUAAAACGUUCAACCAAAGCAUCCAGUUCUGGGGCUUCCUCCAACUCCAACUGGGCAUCAUCGCCGCCUGCGCAACAUCCCUCAAACCCCUCUUCAGGCGCAUCCUCAACCUCUCCACCACCGACCGCUACUACGGCACGCCCGGCGCAGCAUACGGGUACGGCUCCCGAUCACGAGGCAACCGCAUGACGAUGCACCGCGGACACGGCGGCGCGGGGGCGGGCACGGGCACGGGCACGGGCACGGGCACGGGAACAAAGGGCAGCAGCAGCAGCAACCACAAGCAGGAGGAGUACGAGCUGGAGACGGGGGCGCGCGGGUCGGCCGACGACGGGAACCUGUCCAACGGCAAGGGCGAGACGUACAGCACGGCCACGAGUUUCUACAAGCACGGUUCGGCGGAGGGGUCCGGGAGCGAGGAGAUGAUACUGGGUGCUGCGCCGCCGGGGGUGGUGCGGCCGCCGCCGCAUGGGGGGGCGAUUAGCUCGGAGGCGGCGGUGAGGGGGAUUGUGAGGACGACCGAGCCCGACACUUGCCCUAGCAUGUGA